UGGGUGUGUGGUGUGAAACUGUCCUUUUCAAAUCUGCAGUAGAAAGUAUUCAAGUCGUUGGCUAGUGUGCUAUUGUUCUCAGCCUCAGCCAGUUCAGCCUUUAUGGCUGAAAACAUUGAUAAAAUAUGAAAAAUAUAAGACUUACUGUACCUUAGAUCUACCCAUGGCCAGAGGAAUCAGAUUAAAGAUCUCAUUUCGGCUGAGUCAUGAAGCUCACAUUUUUUCUCUUUCUCUAGAUGACUAAAACGUUUUUAGUUACAGGGUUGUGUGUAUUUUGAAUACCUACUAUUUAAAAUGUGGCAUCUGUGUCUACAAUAAAACAAAAUGGUCAAACAAUCACAGAGAAUACAUCAAAAUCAGACAAAAAAUGCUGUAAAACUUAUUUUAUUGCUGAUAUUUGAUAUGGGCAGCAUGGUGGGUGUGUGGUUAGCCAAUCCACUUCACAGUUCUGUGGUUGGGGGUUUAAACUCAGAUUUUAGCUUUGCUCUGUGGAUUUUGCAUCUUCUCCCCGUGCUUGCGUGGGUUUUCUCCGAAUGUGAGCGUGAAUGGUUGUUUUGUUUCCUGCGUUUAACUGCCGAUUAAGCCAAGGUGUGUACCGCCUCUCUCGACCAAAGUCAGCUGGGAUAGGCUCCGGCUCACCUGCAAUCCUCGUGAGGAGAAGCAAUAGAGAAAAUGGAUGAAUAAUUGACAUGUAACAGUGUCAGUUGGUUAUCAAGUGGGAGGGACAAGAGUAAAAAAAAAAAAAAAAAACAUUUAGGAAUUACACUGUUGCAUCUUGUCUCAGGACAAAUAUUAUUUACACAAAAGGUGAAACUAGGUUUCUUUAUCUUUUGCUUGAAAUUUCAUGAGGGGGGCAGAAAAUUUUCAAAUUUCAGAGUCUGCACUUUUUUUUUACUCAAAGGAGUUGAAUUACUACUUCUACCUUUUUUUUUUUUUUUACACAACUAUUUGUACUUAAGUACAGAGUGUGUGUAAUUUUACCACCUCUGAAAAUAGGGCGCCUGCUGCUUGUUAAUCAUUUGAAAGGAGGGGUUAAUUCCUAAAAUGGCCAUUCCAUCCGAUCCACCACCGCCAACCGCCAGCAUCCAUCAGCACCUCCACCUCGGUGGUGGCCCACCCCCUGCGCCUCCCCUUCGUCAUGCACGCCCCUGUACGCGCAUGGGCGUAGAUUCUGCCGCUGUGCGCUGCUGCUGCUGUUAUCGUUCUGGACUCAAUUCCUCUUUCUUUUUUCUUUCUUUUUAAAAUUUUUUUUUUAAACGAAAAUGGCUUCCAGUCAAGGAGGUGUGGGAGCUGUCACGGCGCUCCAGAACCAUCACCACUUCCCUAGCGCACCUCAAUGGAGCCCGGGGAACAGCCAGUACCAGCAGCAGUACCACCAACAGCACCAGCAGCAGCAGCACCACACGGCCCGGAGCCUGGAGCGAGCUCUGGAGGAUGCCGUGUGCUCCGGGAUCCUCAACCUAAGCGGGCGGAAGCUGAGGGAGUACCCUGGGGUGAGCUACGACCUCACCGAUACAACACAAGCAGAUCUGUCAAAGAAUCGUCUCUCUGAGGUUCCCCCAGAAGUUUGUCUGUUUGCCCCACUCGAGUCCCUCAACCUCUACCACAACUGCAUCAAGUGCAUCCCAGAAGCCAUCAUCAACCUGCAGAUACUGACGAAUCUUGACAUCAGUCGAAAUCUCAUAUCCGUUUUGCCCAAACACCUGUUCAACCUUCCGCUUAAAGUUCUCCUUGUGAGUAACAACAAGCUUGUGUCCAUCCCUGAAGAGAUCGGCAAAGCCAAAGAACUGAUGGAGCUAGAUGUGAGCUGUAAUGAGAUCCAGGUGCUGCCAGCCCAGGUCGGGCGUCUCCAUGCCUUACGAGAACUCAACAUUAGGAAGAAUUGUCUGCAGAUUCUUCCGGAAGAGUUGGCUGAUCUGCCUCUUAUUCGACUUGACUUCUCCUGCAAUAAGAUCACAGAGAUCCCAGCAGCCUACAGGAAACUCAGGCAACUGCAGCACAUCAUCCUCGAUAACAAUCCUAUGCAGUCUCCUCCAGCACAGAUUUGUCUCAAGGGAAAAGUGCACAUUUUCAAGUACCUGAACAUCCAAGCAUGCAGGUCGGACAAAAAGCCAGACACACUGGACCUCCCCUCCCUCUGCAAACGCUGUCUUCCACAGCCCCUCACAGAUAGCAUGGAAGAUUUUUAUCCCAGUAAGAACCACGGGCCUGACUCUGGAAUUGGGAGUGACAAUGGUGACAAGAGGCUGUCUACAACAGAGCCUUCAGAUGACGACACCGUCAGCCUCCACUCUCAGGUGUCUGAGACAGCCCGCGCUGAUGCCCUCUCAAUCCUUUCCAAAAUGGACUCUUGCAAAGAUCAGGAUCUGUAUGACUUUAUAGAACCCAACCCGGAUGAGGAUCCUGCUCUGUCAGAGUGUGAUGGACAGCAGAAUUGUCAUGUGUCGUGUAUAAAGGAACUGGAAAAGGUUCUGUCUCACCAAAGCAAAAACAAGGAGAGCUGGAAAGAGGAGUCAGGCUCCGACAAGGAGCAGGUAUUGGAGGAGGAAGAUGAUGAACUAAAGGAGGUGCUGGAUCUGAGGAAGAUUGCCGUGCAGCUUUUGCAGCAGGAGCAGCAGAACAGACGACGGUCCUUAAUUUGCAGAGCGGAAAGUCUCAUCCAUCGACGCAGAGUGACUGGUCGAGCUCACAGAUUCCUAAGUCACUCUGCCAGCUCGGGCAGCAAAGCCAGGCCUCCUCCUCAGACUCGUAGCGCUUCCUUGGAUGAGGGAAGUAGUGGAGCAUCGGUGCUAUGUGGACAGCCGCCGUCAUCCUCCUCCUUUGAUGGCAACCUGAAGACGGAUCAGUCAGAUUCAGAGUCCAAAUGGCCGGACGUCCCUCCUGUUCUCAAUCAAAACGAGGAUCGCAAGAGAAACAAAUAUCUGAGAAAAGAUUAUCUCAAGUACAAAUGCCAGAGUGCCCGGAAAAACUGCAGCGGCAAGGACGACUGUGAGGAGAGUUUACGCAACUCUGAUUUCAGCACCACUCUCACUGUGUUUGGACUCAAGCCAAGAUCAGCAAGAGGAAGUCAUCAGGAGUUCAGCUCAACUGAGCCCAGCUUCACUAUGAGGAGAAAGAUGGAGCAUUUGAGAGAGGAAAUUGAGCAGAUAGGAAUCCUACGACAGAACAUUGAGUCCAGACUGAAGGUGUUGCUUCCAGACGAUGUCGGAGCUGCUCUGAUGGACGGCGUGGUCCUUUGUCAUUUAGCCAAUCACAUUUGUCCUCGCUCUGUAGCCAGCAUCCACGUACCUUCGCCUGCAGUGCCAAAGCUCAGCAUGGCAAAAUGCCGUAGAAAUGUGGAGAACUUCCUGGAUGCCUGUAAGAAAAUGGGAGUUCCACAGGACAAGCUGUGUCUGCCCCAUCACAUCCUGGAAGAGCGUGGGUUGGUCAAGGUGAGCGUGACCGUGCAGGCGUUGCUGGAUCUACCCGCCAUGAAGCCCACGCAACUAUCAGCCGCUUGACACUCGCCUGUCCAGCCCAAACCCACUCCCACCUCACCAGGGACCAGAGAUCCCCUCUUUGUGCCCCUAUCAGAAGGCGUGGACCUAGUGGCUCGUGGCUUUGCUUUGUGCCUGACUGAAACAGUAGACUAGAAGGUGAACCUCCUCCUGUCUGUGUGUAUGAUGUCAGACGCUUCCUGUCCAUCACAGCUUUGACCUGUAUCCUCUUCCUACUUCCACCACUGGGACUUUUUGGACUAGACAGUGUCUCUAAAGGAAGUCCCGCUGAUCCCUCUUUCGAUGCCCAGUGAUUAUUGAGCCUACUUCAAGUGCCGGUUGUGACAUGUAACGCACUCUUUGAACCCCUUGUCAUUCAUGAACUUAUUUAUAUUCAGUGCUGUUUGCAUUCUUUCUACUCUAUACAGCUAAUUUACCUGCCAGUUUGAGCACUCUACUGUUUCAAAUCUUUGCCUUUCAAAAUGCAUGACGACCGCAUUUGUUGUUGAAGUCAUGCCAUAGCAAACCUUCUUAAACUAGUGUACAAAUCCUACGCAGUUAGUGUAUAGGAUCACUGUGAUGACAUGUAGCCCACUUUGGUUUCAGAGCAUUUUCUCCUCUUUUAAUUAAAAGUCAUGUAUUUUAAAAUGUUCUACCAUUUUAAUACUUUGUCACGCAAGACACAAAGCAGCUUUUCAUCUUUGCUUUGGAUGCUUUUACCGUGGAAGGAUCCAAACACGACGAGACAACUUCCACAAAGCACAAUGUGCACGCACCGUCUCAUAUGCUCAGUCACGUCAGGGAAAGCAAAAUGAUUCAUGCUUUUAUUGUUGUUUGGCAAUCGCAUGUGUUGUUAAAUGUUUUUAUUUUGCAUGUAUGUACCUUGGCCAUAACUCUGAUCAUGAUACCGUCUUGAAUCAGUAAUUAAAUUCUCAACCUCAUGUUUACUGUUAUAAUUACAUUUUUGAUUUUAGAGUUUAGAUUUUAUUUAUUUAUUUAAGGAUUAUUUCUUUUUUUUAACUUUAAAAUAUUUUAGCGUGUCACUGACAGAACUCCCUGUUCCUUUAAAAUUAACUUUAUUUGAAGGAAAGGCCACAAUAUAAAAGAUAGAUAAAGAUGACCUGAAAUGAAUGAUAACGACAUGAUGAUCUUUCCAGGAUUUACCGAGGGUUGACUAACCAUACCCUUCUUCCUUCCUUCCUUCCUAACUUUUUUUUUUGACUCGAACAAAGGAAUUGUUUGUUUUGAAAAAUGUCCAAAUUGUGAUUUCCUCUCUUCCUAGGAAGUGACACAAACUGUACACUUCACGUAUUCUACUUUUUUUUUUUUUUAAUAGGGUUGCUGAAUUCUGGAAACCUUUUCUCGGGAUUACAUUAUAUGGGAAUGGCAUGGGAAUGUGCAAAACACCAGAUUGGGGAUUGUGUUAUGAGUUAUUACAUUUUCUCACUGAAAGCAAGACCUGUGUAUUUUUUGAAGUGAACAAUGACGUUAUGUUUGACAAAUAUAUUUAAAUCUGA